AUUGCGCACUAUUUCUUUAAUAGCGACUGCAACACCAAAAAUGACCACUACGUCACCUUUGAACUCAACAAGCCAUGCGCGAACCACAGGAAGUAAAUCUACUCUUAUCGUCAGUGGUGCUGUCGGGGCUCUUGCUUUAAGUAUUGUCAUCCUGGUCGUCAUCAUUAUCUUGCUGUGUAAAAAGCAAAAGAGGAGGCUACAACAAUCUGGAGAUACACAUGGCUUUACCAACAACGACAACCGAUAUGCAAGACAUUUACUUCGAGUCAGUUGGCAGGGCGAUAAUAUUUAUGAUGUACCUAAUAAUAUUGACGAACCACCGAAAUACGAAUCGUCUAUUGGAGCUUAUGGAGUAAAUCAUCCAAUCGGAGGGGGCCCAUACAUUGCCACUAAGCUGGACCAUCAAUUUGACACUCUGAAUACUGUUGCUUUGUAUUCAAAAUCCGAACCAGUGCCUCACGUCGCCCUCGGUACUUUGUCCGUGCGACAUGACUACCUUUGUACACAAUACACUCCUGAAGACCCGAACGGAUAUCUUGAGUUCCGUGAGAGUUAAUUAGUCGGCUGUUCCUUCAAGCGUUUUCUAGAGUGAGCUCCUUAAACUAGAAAUUGUCUCGUUUACGACUUGGGCCUAUUGCCUGACAUUAAAAUGCUUUGAUAUAGCGCCGGCGGUUUAUAACUGACCAUAGAACAGUAGCCUAUCCAGGCUGGCGGUGCAUUAGUACCCUCCUUCAUAGGUUGAAAAAAAUCUAAAUGUCUAUUUUUGAAUGUUUACAAAUAUUUUUAGUAUUAAUGUACCAUUUCCGGUAUCUAGAAAUCCCCAAUUCUAAUUAUUUUCCCACCUCAUCCUCAACCAUGAUGAGGCUCAGGGGAUUUUCCGACAUCUAAAAGUCUCAAUAAUGUUUUCACCUGAGCCCCAACCGGGGCUUAGGUUGAUAUAUA